AUGUGACAAAACACCCGUAGCAAUCUAAUAAGACCACCCACACAUUUCUUACAACCCACUUGUUUCCUCACCCUAAUUAACAAACUUACAAAGCACUUGCUUCUCUUCCUUCUUCUUUCCCACCUCAUCUUUUAUUGUUUGGUUUCCCAUCUUUUUCCUUCCAUCCUAACAUGUCCUCCUCUCACUCAAACUCAUCUACUUCCACUCUCUUCUUGCUCUCAAUAAUCCUUCUCUGUUUUCCGGGCACAACAAGAUCCGACAACCCAUGCGCAUAUCCAUGUUACCCUUCACCACCAAUCGUUGGCGGCACCACUCCUACAACUCCUUCAGGCUCAACUACACCACAGACACCGCCACAAACCGGGUUAACAUACCCACCACCUUCAGGGUAUUACCCUUACAACCCAACACCCCCUUAUGGCGGCGGUGCCGGUGAUGGUAACAGCGGAGGUGGUGCUGGUGGUGGCAGUUUUGGCACCCCACCACCCCCGGAUCCUAUUCUACCUUAUUUUCCAUUCUACUACAGAAAGCCUCCUCACCAGACAGAAGAUCAAUCUUCAGCAUCAACUACUUUGGUGAAAUGGACAGGGAUGAUUUCCACUACUACUACUUCUCUAUUUUUAUCUUCACUUCUUUUUGUCUAAAUCUAAUUCAUGUGAUCAAUCUUAAUGUAGCCGAACAUUAUUAUUCUAUUUUCUUUUGCCAAACAAGAAUAUAGUGCUUGUUUACUUCA